AUGCUAGAGCCUUAUCACUCCUACGACAGUAUAGACCCUAGUCAUAUCAAAAUGUGGUUUGAGAAGCAUUAUGGCUAUAUCGACCACCGAGAAGUGUUCGGGUCAAAUUCAUCGUAUAACAAAGGAAAAACAACUGGUAGAGACUUUCUGGACCAAGCAGGUAUUGGUGACGUGCCGAAAGUACUACUCAACGGAUUCUUGCUUGACGAUGAUGGUGUCACUGGUGAAAAGUUUGAAGAGACGUUAAUGUUAGAAGUGAUGCAUAUCACUCAAGACCUCCAGAAAGCUGUUAUACGAGGCGAUCUUCAUGAUCGAUCAAACGUGGGCGACUGGGUCAUGGAGCAGAAGCAUGUUGUUCCUCGUUAUAACAAACGUAUUCUCGAAACCUUGUCGAAAAAAAAUGUACUCGACUUUGCUGACGUUUCAGACUGUAAAGGCAGUUCACUGUCUGACUUCAUGGGACUGACGCGAUCCGAAAAGAUACAGUGCAUAACCACCAAAAUGACGUAUAUUAAGAAAACAGAUGAAAAUGAAACGAUGCCACUUACACUGUGGGUAGUUGCUGAUCCGGACUCUGAACAUGGACGCCAAAUUGUGUACAAUACUGUUAGAUUUAUAAAGCAUGACAGAAGAACACGGGUGAGUUGCAAAUAA